AUGCCCAAAGGCGUUCGCAGUGUCGGGCAGUGGAGAUGCUCGUACGAGGGGUGUCCCGAUCCCGACUACCCUCGCGAACUCUCUGCAUCGGCGACAAAUAGGGCCACCUCCCAUCGCAAGAGUACCCUACACGGAUACAAGUAUCACCACAAGCAGGUCACCGUCCAUUACAAGGGCCAGCGCAUUACCGUCAAACGAGACCAGCACGGCCUCUUCCAAUGCCCAUGUGGCGACCCCGCACACGCCCGCCGGCGCAGCGAUCGUCUCGUAUACGUCUGUAACCUGAAGAAUCAUCCACCUCCUGGCGUAGUUGGUGGCCGAGCAGAUACACCAACGCCGGAGGACAACGAUACGAUUGUCAUCCAACGACGACCGCCGUCUCGUAGCAAUGGCGCCUCAUCCAACGCCGCCGUGGCCACUACCUCGACCAGCCGGAGGGCAUGUCGCAGAUCGAAAUCAAGGACGCUGGUUACGACUGGAGUGGGUGGUAGCCGCAAGCGCGCGUCUGAAGCGACUGAAGAGGUCUCGGAUGGAGAGACGAGCGACGAGGAGUUGAUGGUGCUUCGCAGCACGUACGCGCAGGUGAGGGAGCUCAGCUAUUAUACGCCCUCGCCUCACCACGCUACCCAGCUCAAGGAGGCCGAAAAGCGGAGGCUGCGACGUCGGAUUGCGCGGAUCACCUCUUGA